AUGGCACUGGGCCGGCAGCUACUGCUCUGCGCAGCGGGCCAUUAUCCAGUUGUACUAUGUGACCAAGCCCGGCACUUCCCUCCCAACUGGGAGCAGAACAACAGCUGGGAACAGAGUAACAACGGCCAGCAGGGCAACAACUGGGAACAGAGCAACAACUGGCAGCAGGGCAACAACUGGCAGCAGGGCAACAACUGGCAGCAGGGCAACCACUGGCAACAGGGCAACAAUUGGCAACAGGGCAGCGGCUGGGGAACAGGCCAGAACGGACAGCAGGGCAGUGGGCAGGGGGAAGGCGCAGUGGAAGAAGGGUCCGGCGGGGGUGGCGGCAGCCAGCUGCCCUGCUCUGAGGCCGGGUACUUCCCCUACCCGGGGAACUGCGCCAGGUUCUACCGCUGCGUAGACUGGAUGGGUGACGGCUCCUGGUUCUCGGCGUACGAGUUCGACUGCCCGGCGGGCACUCUCUUCGAUGACACAUUGGACAUCUGUAACCACCCCGACUGGAUCGAGCCCCCACCCGACUGCCUGGGCGGAGCUGAGGGGGGCGCCGGCGGAUCUGGAGGUUCCGGUGGAUCGGGCGGUUCUGGUGGAUCGGGUGGCUCAAGUGGAUCAGGUGGAUCUGGUGGGUCUGGUGGCUCUACCGGAUCCGCUGGAUCAGGUGGUUCAGGUGGAUCCGGUGGAUCAAGUGGAUCAGGCGGCUCCGGCAGCUCUGGCGGAUCAGGUGGAUCUGGCGGUGCCAGUGGAUCUGGUGGAUCAAGUGGUUCAAGUGGAUCAGGUGGAUCUAGUGGAUCUGGUGGCUCUGCCGGAUCUGGUGGAUCUGGUGGUUCAGGUGGAUCCGGUGGAUCAAGUGGAUCAGGCGGCUCCGGCGGCUCUGGCGGAUCAGGUGGAUCUUGGGGUUCCGGCGGAUCUGGUGGAUCAAGUGGCUCAAGUGGACCAGGUGGAUCUGGUGGGUCUGGUGGCUCUACCGGAUCCGCUGGAUCAGGUGGUUCAGGUGGAUCCGGUGGAUCAAGUGGAUCAGGCGGCUCCGGCGGCUCUGGCGGAUCAGGUGGAUCUUGGGGUUCCGGUGGAUCUGGUGGAUCAAGUGGCUCAAGUGGAUCAGGUGGAUCUAGUGGAUCGGGUGGCUCUGCCGGAUCUGGUGGUUCAGGUGGUUCAGGUGGAUCCGGUGGAUCCGGUGGAUCAAGUGGAUCAGGCGGCUCCAGUGGCUCUGGCGGAUCAGGUGGAUCUUGGGGUUCCGGUGGAUCUGGUGGAUCAAGUGGCUCCGGUGGAUCAGGCGGAUCAAGCGGGUCAGGUGGAUCCGGUGGAUCAGGUGGAUUAGGCGGAUCAAGUGGAUCAGGCGGUUCUGGUGGUUCUGGUGGUUCCGCUGGAUCAAAUGGAUCAGGUGGUGCUGGUGGAUCGGGUGGAUCAAGUGGAGCAGGUGGUUCCAGUGGAUCUAGCGGCUCCGGCGGAUCUGGUGGCUCUGUGGAUCAGGAGGCUCUGGAGGAUCAGAAGGUUCUGGAGAAUCAGGAGGCUCUGGAGGAUCAGGAGGCUCUGGAGGAUCAGGAGGCUCCGGUGGAUCAGGAGGCUCUAGUGGGCUAUCUACGGCACCCCAUUUUCUGCAAUCAAUUCUACCAGUGCGUGUGGAACGGCAAGUUCUGGACGUUCCUCGUGGCCUCCUGCGCGCCAGGCUUUGUCUACAGCGAGCAGCUGCAGCUGUGCCAGCCGAGAGGCGACGGCGAAACGUGCAGAGACGGCGCGGCCCUGGGAACGCCGCUGGUGCCAUCUAUCGGCGACGGCAGCGGGCUGCCAUCUGGGAUGACGGUUGAGAGCGAUGACACAGAAGUAAUCAGCGGCUCCGGUGACCAAGUGGUAACGGUGGGCGAGCAGUUCCAGUGCCAAGCUCCCGGAUUCUACGAGUUCGAGGCCGACUGCAUCCACUUCUACCGCUGCGUCUUCCUCGACUCCGGCGAACUGACCACGCUGCUGUACCGCUGCCCGGAGCGCUACGUGUACAGUCCGGAGCGCGAGCGGUGCGCGCCGGCCGCGCAGGCUCAGUCCUGCGCCAAGGACGCCACGACGCUGCUCAGUCUGCGCGCGCCGCCCAGCCCCGAGGACGUGCGCGUCCUCUCGGAGGACGACCUGGACUGGUUCUUCGCCCAGGGGGAGAAGCAGGUGUACAGGUUCAGGCCGGGCGUGGCUGCCGGCAGGCCACACCUCCGCGCCACCGGCGGAUACCGGGAGAUGAACGGGUACCGCCGGGCGCGUGGCCUGUUCUAGAGCCGGCUUCCGACUGGCGGCGCUAGUGCUGCCAUCUCUGGGCCGCCUCGGCGAACAGUUGAGACCGGCCUGGUCGACAGCACCGGACGACCCAUACGCGGUCGUGUUAUUUGUUAGCGCGGCGCCGACGAGCGCGAGGGCAUUGUCUGCCCCGCGGGGCCACAAACGUUAGGGCAUAGUGGUCGAGGCAUUCGACUUUCUUAUCAAUGUACCCAGACUGGUGCCAACUGUUUUAGUGUA